AUGGAAGCAUCUUUCAAUAUUGUUCACUUUGACUUAAGUCUAAAUAGAAGUAAGAUAGUUAAAAUGAAGGUUGCAAAUAACUUUUCAGAUUUUGAAUUUUUAUAAUUUAAAGUGAAUACAAUCUCUUUUCAUUACUAACUAAAUGAUACAGAAUAAUAAGAGUAUUACCCUAUCAAAAAAUUUCUCAUAAAAAAAUGGAUUUCAGAAAGAUUAUUUAAUUCUCAUCUACAUUCUCCUUAACAUGACUAAUAAAGAGGUUUUCUUUAGCAUUAAAGGAAAAUAAUAUUUCCAUUAAUCUAGGUACCUUAAGAAAAUAUGGAUUAAAAAUAUUUGAUUAGUUCAAAAUAUCAAAAAACAGUAGAGAAAAUGGAAUAUAUAUAAAAUUGCCUGAGACUGAUAAAAAGUUUUUAUCAAAAGGUCAAUAUAGUAGAAACUAUGUUUUAAUAUUAAAGGGUAACAUUCAUCAAGGAAAAACUCAACAGAGAACAAUGAAAUAGUAGAUAAUGAUUAAUUUAUGUUACCUCAUUAUUAAAAUAAAAAAAAGUUGAAUUUUAACAAGAUGUUUUAGUCUAUGGUUACAUAAAUUAAACUUAUAAGAAAAGAAAUAAAGAUGGUUCAUAAAACCAUUGUUUAGAAGAUAAAGACAAAAAAUUUAAGUGAUGAUCUUCGAUUAUUUCUGACAACUUUAAAUAUAAUGGAAAAUCUUAAUUGA